UCCUGUGACAAACCACUUUCGCAGCCAUGCAAUCCCACCAAAUUCUCACAUCUAAUUAUCAUGAUCCGCGCCAUCACCUCCUCCCCUCAUCGUGAUCUCGCAUGAUGCAAAAAUAACCUCCAAUUCCACAGUAUCCCUUACCAUUGUUCUACCUAUUCAACAUGGCCGACAAUACCAUUUCUCGGCGUAACUCGCCUCCUCCAGCACCAAGCCAGCUCUGGUCUCUCUCCGAGCCUCCGUUCGAGGGCUUCAAGCCGGUCGAUCACGAAGGCUUCAAGCGAAGCACACCGGAAACAGCAAUCGUCAUUGACAAUGGAUCAUAUAAUGUACGCGCAGGCUGGUCCUUCGACAAGAAACCACGCUUCACUUCCCCUCCGGUCAUGGCCCGAUACCGAGACCGGAAGAUCAACCGAAUGUACACGUUCGUGGGAUCGGACAUAUACUCGGACGGCACGGCGCGUGGACAAGCGAAGAACGUGUAUGAGCCGGGCAACAAUGUUAUCAACAACUGGGAUGUCAUGGAAGGCGUUCUGGAUUGCGUGUUUAAUAAACUGGGAAUCGAGGCGGAUCCUUCUGGUGGCAUCGGACGGCCGAUCCUGAUGACUGAGCCCGCAGGCAACAUGCCUUACUCGCGCAAGACUAUGACAGAAAUCUUAUUCGAAGCAUAUGGCGCGCCGUCCGUUGCAUACGGCAUCGAUUCUCUCUUCUCCUACAAAUACAAUAACGGACGGACUGGUCUCGUUGUUUCCUCAUCAUAUACCUCUACAAACAUUAUCCCCGUCGUCAACUCAAAAGCGAUGCUCACACAAGCCUCGCGCCUCAACUGGGGCCGCUACCACACCAACGAAUGCCUCCUCAAGCUCAUGAAGCUCAAAUACCCCCCCUUCCCCGGCAAAAUUACUGAUCCUCAGUCCGACGAUCUGGUGCGCGAGCACUCACGAGUCAGCACCAACUUCGAUGACGAGAUCACCGCGUUCCUCGACUGGACGGGUCUUGAGGACCGGGAUCGCAUCGUACAACACCCAUAUACCGAGCAAGUGGUGGUGCAGAAGACCGAAGAGGAGCUCGCGCGCGCCGCAGAGAAGCGCAAAGAGAGUGGUCGACGACUACAGGAGCAGGCGGCGAAGAUGCGAUUAGAAAAGCUGAUCCUCAAGGAGCAAGAGCUCGCGUGGUACAGAAACCUACAGGAGAAGCUCGCCAACGCCACCACAAAGAAAGAAACGAAGCGGCUGUUGGAUGACGGUGAUUUUAAUGAUGAAGGCCAGUUGGACAAGCGAGUCCGAGAGCUCGAUAAGAACAUCCGCAAGGCUAGGAACAAGGAUGUUGGCGACGUCGAAGAGGAAGAGGAGAUCCCUACAUUCCCAUUACUGGAGAUCGCCGACGAUCAGCUUGAUGAGGAUCAACUCAAGCAGAAGAAGCAGCAGAGAUUGCAUAAGAACAAUUAUGACGCUCGGAUGCGAGCAAAGGUGGAGAAGGAGAAGGAACGCGCGCGAAUCGCCGAAGACGAGCGGAUCGACUCCGAAAGGCGAGAAACAGACCUGGAGGGCUGGAUCGAAGAGAAACGAGCCGCUCGCGAAGUCCUCGUUGCGAGGGCCCGUGAGCGCGAGCGACUGAAAGCCGAGCUCGGCAACCGCAAGUCAAUGGCAAAUCAAAUGCGCAUGAAAACCAUUGCGAAUCUCGCCUCGGACACCCCGAUAGGCAAAAAGCGACGUCGUGGUGGUGGCGCCGACGAUGACGAUUUCGGUGCCGAUGAUGCGGAUUGGGGCGUUUAUCGACAAGUCGCGACCGGCGAGGAUGCGUCCGACGACGAAGAGGAGGAUCUGGGUGGCACGCUGAAAAAGAUCGAGGCGCAACUGCUCGAGCAUGAUCCGAACUUCACGGAGGAGAGUACGCGGGAGGCGCAGACGGAUUGGACGAAGAGCUUGCUGCAUGCUUUCUGGAGGGGACCGUGGCCGUUUGAUCCCGAGCUCCCGCGCGAGACGCAUCAACUCCAUCUCAACGUCGAGCGAAUCCGCAUUCCGGAAGUGGUGUUCCAACCCAACAUCGCGGGUGUCGACCAAGCCGGAUUACUGGAGGUCAUGGGCAUGAUUCUCAACGAGCGGCUCGCGGAUGACCCACACAAGGCGGAUAUGCUGAAGGACAUCUUCCUGACGGGCGGAAAUACCAUGUUCACCGGCUUCGACGAGCGCGUGCGGAAUGAGCUGAGGGCAUUGCUCCCUGUCAAUGCAGAGUUGAGCGUCCGCAGAGCUGGGGAACCUUGCUUGGAUGCCUGGAAGGGUGCGGCACGAUGGGCAGGGGAACAGAAAAACAAGAAUGCGUUUAUGACCAAGGCGGAAUGGAGUGAAAAGGGCGGGGAUUAUCUCAAGGAGCAUGACAGCGGGAACAUCUGGCUCUGAAACUGACUGCGGUGAUACCAUCAAAAUCGAUCUCGACACUGGAGAAGCGGUCUCAUGUAACGAGGAAGCGGACUUUAGACGUUCCAAUAUACCACGUACAACCCGUGCGAGCAACUUACUACCGUAGUUGCUACACUUCAAGUCGUGUUGGGCACUCAGGUUGCAUCAGCCACAGGCUGCUGCCUCAGUCUUCCGGCAAGGCAAGAUAUCUCGAAGGCCUGGAAUCAAGAGACGACAUAACGUCUCAUAGACCCUUAAGCCUAGACGAUGCCGCCUGUGGGCACUACGUAUACCGCAUAUGUAACACUACAAAGCCAAUCUUAUUUGUCUAAAUGGUGAAAGCCACGUGAGAUGCUGCAGCUGGGCCCGCGAAUGAGGAUUUCGAGUUCUUUCUGCGUCAAGUAAGGUGGACA